UCCUCGUACGAAGGCGAAAGUGUGCCGCGUAUAUAAGGCCCAGAACUACUGGCAAUCAGCAUCCAGUUCACUUCUGGACUCACCCGGAACAUUAACUAAAUCCAAUAUGAAGUAUUUGUUAGUGUUCGCCUUGUUGGCGACAGCGGCACUUGCCGAGGAAAAGAAAGUCGAGGAAAAAUCCGCCGACGACAGCUCAUCAACCUCCACGAAAAAGAACGAAAAACGCGGAAUCUUGGGUCUUGGUUAUGGCUACGGUUACGACGUAGGCGGCUACGAAAUCGGUGCUGGACACGGACACGGUGGUCACGGUGAACACGGAUUCCACAACCUUCACGACUUUGAAUUAGACAAUUUGGACAGUUACGGUGGUGGUUAUCACGGUGAUCAUCAUUAUAAAACCGUCACAGUGGUUAAAAACGUACCGGUGCCUUAUCCCGUUGAGAAACACGUCCCCUAUCCAGUGGAGAAACACGUGCCCUACCCAGUAAAGGUACCAGUACCCCAGCCGUACCCCGUUGAAAAACACGUCCCAUAUCCAGUUAAAGUUUACGUAAAGGUGCCCGUACAUGUGCCCCAGCCGUACCCAGUUGAGAAGAAGGUCCACGUGCCAGUUCAUGUGCCAGUUGACAGGCCCUACCCCGUAAAGGUACUCGUACCUCAGCCAUACCCUGUGGAGAAACACAUUCCCUACCCAGUAAAGGUCCCAGUUCCUCAGCCCUACCCAGUCGAAAAGAAGGUCCAUGUGCCAGUCCAUGUUCCAGUUCACGUUCCCCAGCCCUACCCAGUUGAGAAAAUCGUUCACGUUCCCUACAAAGUCCAUGUCGACAGACCUUACCCAGUACCAGUUCCCAAGCCAUACCCAGUCCAUGUCGAAAAGAAAGUGCCUUACCCAGUUGACAGACCAGUUCCUUACCCAGUUAAGGUUCCAGUUGACAGACCCGUUCCUUACCCAGUUGAAAAACCUGUACCUUACCCAGUAAAGGUCCACGUACCCGCUCCUUACCCAGUCGAAAAACACAUUCCUUACCCAGUAGAGAAACCCGUUCCCUACGCAGUUAAGGUUCCAGUCGACAGACCUUACCCAGUCCAUGUUGAAAAACACGUGCCCUAUCCUGUAGAAAAACCAGUACCUUAUCCCGUAAAGGUUCCAUACCCUGUUCCUGUGCACCAUGACCAUCAUGAGCACCAUAAUCACCAUGAACACCACGGGUACGAGUACCCAGACCACGGGGGAUUCGAGCACGACUACCAUCACUAAAGAGCACGAAACCAUUUUUUAAAUAAAUAAUUAAAUAAAUAAAUAAAUAAAAUAGGUUUAUUUUUAAAUUGGUUCGCGCGUUUUACAACGGUUACCUGAAAAAUUAUAUUUUUUAAUUUAAAUAUCGAUUUUUUACCUUUAGAUUAAUCUGUCAGUUACCAUCGACUUUAUAUAAAUAAUUAAUAUUAAUAUUAAUUAUAAAUUAUACAUGUAAUUAUAA